AUGUGGUCAGUAGUGCAGUACCGACGAAUCGGCAACCGCGUGGAAAGGGACUGGCAGAGGCAGAGACACCAACACGGCGACCCGUACGGAGAGACUAAGCUCUUGGGUGCUGAAGCCGGGUCGGGAUUGAGCAAUGUCGAAUCCAACGCACAACAACAUACAUCUGAAGAGUCGAGCACCGAAACCGCAACCUACCACACGCCAACGAGUCUUGAGAAGCACGCCCACACGGACUCCGAACACAAUGGCAUCGAUGGCAGGACGGGUACCAGUAAGGAGACUGUCGUUCGUCUCCAGGGGGACGCCGACCCUCUUGACCCACACAACUGGUCUCUGGCCGCCCGGUGCAAGAACAUCGCCAUCCUGUCGUUCCUCAUCUUCUCCCAGGGAUGGGCCAGCGGUGCUGACUCGAUGGCCAACACGCGCAUGAGCGAGGCCUACGGCGUCAGCAAGGUGGCCGCCAAUCUCUCGCAAGCAAUGUACCUCUUUGGCAUCGGCUCCGGAUGUCUCUUCUGCGGGCCCUUGUCAGAGACGGUCGGCCGCAAUCCAGUCUACCUGGGGAGCACGUUCUGCUACCUGUGCUUUGUGCUCGGCUGCGCAUUCACCUCGAACCUGGGCUCCCGAAUUGUAUGUCGGUACUUCGUCGGCCUGUUCGCCAGCGCCGCGCUGGGCAUCAACGGCGCCAGUGUCAGCGACCAGUUCCGGCCCGUCAAGCGCGCGUUCGCAUUCCCGAUCAUUGCAUGGGCCAACGUCGCGGCGCCGAUGCUCGCCCCCGUCGCGGGUGGAUGGCUCGUCCAGGAUCCCCGUCGAAGCUGGCACUGGCCCGACUGGGUGACACUGAUAAUAUCCGGGGUCGCGUUUAUCGUCGCCCUGCUCUUCCUCCCGGAGACGUAUCUGCCCGUGCUGCUGGAUUGGAAGGCGAAACACCUUCGCCGCGUCGCCACGGCCUCGGGGGUAUCCUGCGCUCGACACACAUACGUGUCCGAGCAUGCCGAAAAAGCAUCCCUGGCGCAGCGCCUGCGACAGACCCUCCCCAUGCCAAUCGUGUACUUCAAGAACGAGCCCGUGGUGGCCGUGCUGGGAAGCUACCUCAUCCUGAUCUACAUCCUGCUGUUCAGCUUCCUCUCGGGCUUCGACUACAUCUUCACGCAGACGUACGGGCUCUCGCACGGGCUGACGGGCUCGUGCUUCGCCUCCAUCGCCGCGGGGUCGACGGUCUUCACGCUCUCGGCGCCGGCGCUGUUCCGCUGGUCGCGCGAAAAGACCGACCACGUCCGCCACGCGCCCGUCCAACCCGAGUACAGACUGUGGCCCGCGAUCGUCACGUCGCCGCUGCUGCCCCUCUCGCUGUUCUGGCUGGGCUGGACCGACUACGCGAGCGUCUCCGUCUGGUCCGGUCUCGCGGCGUGUUUCUGCUUCGGCGUCGUCGCCACGGCCCUCUACGUCAGCAGCUACGAGUACAUCGUCGACAGCUACACCGAGCACAGCGCCGUGGCGCUCGCCAGCAUCACCAUGGCGCGGUAUUUGAUCGCGGGCACCAUGGUCGUCGCCGCCAGGCCCAUGUAUGAGGGCAUUGGAGUGCACUGGACGAUGACGCUUUUGGGGUGUCUUGCUCUGCCACUGACGCCCGCGCCGCUCCUUCUCAAAUGGUAUGGUGAGAAGUUGAGGGCAAAGAGCCCUUUGGCUGAGAGUCCCUAA